ACGCGCAGAGGCGGCGGGAUGGCGGAGGAGAAAAUGGAAAUCGCUGCUCCUCCAACGUCCAAGUGCAUCAUUUACUGGAAGAGGAAAGUCAAGUCUGAAUACAUGCGGCUCCGGCAGCUCAAGAGGUUCCAGGCGAACAUGGGAGCUAAGGCUCUGUUUGUGGCCAACUUUGCAAAGGUUCAUGAGAAGACUCAGAUCCUGAACGAGGACUGGAAGAAGCUCCGCGUGCAGCCAGUGCAGCUGAUGAAGCCCGUCAGUGGGCACCCGUUCCUCAAGCAGUGUACAGUUGAGAGCAUCUUCCCGGGGUUUCCCAGCCAGACGCUGUACAUGAGGACCCUGAACACGGUGGCACUGGUGCCCAUUAUGUACUCCUGGUCUCCUCUUCAGCAGAACUUCAUGGUGGAGGAUGAAACUGUUCUGUGCAAUAUCCCCUACAUGGGAGAUGAGGUGAAGGAAGAAGAUGAAACUUUCAUUGAGGAACUUAUUAAUAACUAUGAUGGGAAAGUCCAUGGAGAGGAAGAAAUGAUUUCAGGGUCAGUCCUCAUCAGCGAUGCUGUGUUCCUGGAGCUGGUGAAUGCCCUCAAUCAGUACUCGGACGAGGAAGAGGAAGGACACAAUGAUUCUGAGGUUAAACAGGAGGAUGGGAAAGAGGAGCUGCCAGUCACAAGGAAAAGAAAGCGAACUGCAGCAGAAGGUAACAAGAAGUGUUCCAAGAAGCGCUUUCCGAAUGACAUGAUAUUCACUGCUAUAUCUUCUAUGUUUCCUGAAUACGGCUUCCCAGAGGAUAUGAAAGAGAGGUACCGGGAGCUCACGGAAGUGUCGGACCCGAACGUGCUGCCGCCGCAGUGCACUCCCAACAUAGACGGGCCCUGCGCCAAGUCGGUGCAGCGGGAGCAGUCCCUGCACUCCUUCCACACCCUCUUCUGCCGCCGCUGCUUCAAAUACGACUGCUUUCUGCAUCCUUUUCAUGCUACUCCUAAUGUGUACAAACGAAAGAAUAGAGAGACCAAGAUCGAGCCAGAUCCUUGCGGAGCAGACUGUUUCCUCUGGCUGGAAGGAGCCAAGGAGUUUGCUGCUCUGCACAACCCCAGGUCCAAGUGCUCAGGCCGGCGCCGGCGGCGGCACCACGUGGUGGGUGCUUCCUGCUCAAACACCCCGGCUUCCACCGUCACCGAGGCCAGGGAGGGCGACAGCGACCGAGACACGGGCAACGAGUGGGCUUCCAGCUCCUCAGAGGCAAACUCCCGCUGCCAGACCCCCACCAAGCAGAAGCUGAGCCCGGCCUCCUCCCAGCUGUUUGCGGUGGAGACGCCGCAGGAGCCCGUCGAGUGGACGGGAGCCGAGGAGUCGCUCUUCCGUGUCUUCCAUGGGACCUACUUCAACAACUUCUGCUCCAUUGCCAGGCUGCUGGGAACAAAGACCUGCAAGCAGGUCUUUCAGUUUGCAGUGAAAGAAUCGCUUAUAACCAAACUGCCAACAAACGAAUUAAUGAAUCCAUCCCAGAAGAAGAAAAGGAAGCACAGGCUGUGGGCUGCACACUGCAGGAAGAUUCAGCUGAAGAAAGAUAAUUCGCCUACCCAGGUGUACAACUACCAGCCUUGUGACCACCCCGAGCACCCCUGUGACAGCUCCUGCCCUUGCAUCAUGACCCAGAAUUUCUGUGAGAAGUUCUGCCAGUGCAACCCUGACUGUCAGAACCGCUUCCCGGGCUGCCGCUGUAAAACCCAGUGCAACACCAAGCAGUGCCCGUGCUACCUGGCUGUGCGGGAGUGCGACCCGGACCUGUGCCUGACCUGCGGGGCUUCGGAGCACUGGGACUGCAAGGUGGUCUCCUGCAAGAACUGCAGCAUCCAGCGGGGGCUCAAAAAGCAUUUGCUGCUGGCACCAUCGGAUGUCGCUGGCUGGGGGACCUUCAUCAAGGAAUCUGUGCAGAAGAACGAGUUCAUCUCCGAGUACUGUGGUGAGCUCAUCUCACAGGAUGAGGCUGACCGGCGAGGGAAGGUCUAUGACAAGUACAUGUCCAGCUUCCUCUUCAACCUCAACAACGAUUUUGUUGUCGAUGCCACCCGCAAAGGCAAUAAAAUCCGCUUCGCCAACCACUCGGUGAACCCCAACUGCUAUGCCAAAGUGGUGAUGGUGAAUGGAGACCACCGGAUCGGGAUCUUUGCCAAGAGGGCGAUCCAGGCAGGAGAGGAGCUCUUCUUCGAUUACAGGUACAGCCAGGCCGAUGCCCUGAAGUAUGUCGGCAUAGAGAGGGAGACGGAUAUCAUCUAGGCUCCGUGUGGGGCAGUCCCUAGCCCACCCUGCUGCUGCACCCUGUAAGCAAUGCCAUGUUUGCCUCACGCUGACAUGACUGCUGCUCUUCCCGUUGCUGAGUGUGUCACAAAUGCUGCUUCCCACCCAGAGAGAGACUCGAGGCAGGAGUGUGAGUGGCUGCUGCCAGGGGCAGCUUUGCCAGCACUGGGCAGGGGCAGGCGCCAGAGCUCUGCUCUGCUCCCCCAGGCUGGAGGGAGCCGUGGGGCUGAGGCUGGGGCUUGAAGCGAAGCUGUGCUGCAGGAGCAGAGACAGCCACAAGGUCUCUGUCUGUUUCCCAUUGACUGCUGGAAGCACAAGAGCGAGUGUGGUA